AUGGGAACCUGGCGCGAGGGAGGCAGGAAUUCCGCUCCACUGCCUCCUCCUGCAACACUGGCUUCGGACCGCUGCCGCGCACCUGCGGCGCUCCGGGAGCGCCUCUGGCCGCCCGGGGCCGCCCGGGUUCCUCUCGGCGGAGCGCAGGGACACAUCCGAGCACCCGCCCCUCCCCCCGCGCUGCCGCCAGCCGCGGCGGCGGGGGCGGCGGGGGCGGCGGGGCUGCGCCCGGCCCGUGUUACCUGCGCGGAGCGGGGCUCGCCGGCGUCGCCUCCCCGGCCGCGGCGGAGCGGGGACGCGGGCGCGCCGGAAGCAGACACAGCCGCGCGCUCACCUGCGCGCCCCCGCCGCCCCCCGCCUCCUCCGCCGCCGGCCCGCACCAACUCCCGCCGCCGCACGGGGACGGGGAGAGGCGCGGGGCUGCCCGGCGGCCACGGCCGCGCUCACGCUGAGGGCCCUCACGGUGCCUCGGAGGAACCAGUGGCGAGCGCCUCCCGGCUGGGCCGCGACUGCGCCUCGGUGCCGUUACCAAGCAUUGGAACAGAUUGUCCAGAGAGGUUGUGGAGUCUCCCUCACUGGAGAUGCUGA